AUGUCAACGGCGAGUUCGUCAUCAACGACAGUUUCAUCAACCGAUGAUUGUGAUAAUAAUCGAUCUCGGUUGACAGAUGAUCAAAAUAAUUCAACUGAUUUUUUUCCGAGUUCAAAUAUCAGAAUUUUUCGUUCUCUUCUCGAAAAUAGUAAUGCGGAAAUGAAAGAAGCGAUGAUUUGGGAACUCUUGGUUUCUUGCGAUGAAUCAAAUUUAGAAUAUGCUUCUCGAAUAUUAGAUUUUAUACGUCAGAAACAUAUUAUUCAUACGAGAAGCGAUCCAAUUAGUUCGUUACCACCUCGAAUAGCCAUUAAAAUUCUUCGUCUUCUCGAUCCAAAAUCAUUAUGUAAUUGUAUGCUUGUUUGUCGAGCUUGGAGAAAUCUUUGUAAUGAAUCUUGUUUAUGGAAAGGAUUAUGUAAUUCUGCCAGUUUUUAUCGAAUAUGUUCAUGUGAAGCAGAUCAGCAACAUCUUCUGAAACAUCGAAAUCGUGAUGGCACUUUUUCUUGGAAAAAAAUUUUCAGUGAACGAUAUAGGCUGUGGAAAAAUUGGCUUACUGGUCGGUGUGUGAUUCGUACUCUACUUGGGCAUACACAGGGUGUCACUUGUGUUCAAUUCGACGAUGAGCGUAUAGUAUCAGGUAGUAUUGAUAAGACUAUACGGGUAUGGGAUGUUAAAUGCAAUACUAUGACUGGUGUUGGCACGAUGACUCUCACUGGUCAUUCAAAUACUGUCCGUUGUUUACAUCUUUCAGGAAAUCGUCUUGCCUCCGGUUCCAAUGAUUUUUCAAUUAAAAUCUGGGAUUUGGCAGUAAACAGAACAUGGUCAUCAAUUGCAUGUCGUCAGACAAUGCUUGGUCAUGGAAAUUUCGUUCGAUGUUUACAGAUGGAUGACCAUGAGUUAAUCAGUGGCUCUUACGAUUGCACAUUAAAAAAAUGGUCUUUGGCUACAGGCCAGUGCUUGUCAACGCUAAAAUGCGAAUAUUUUUUAUAUUUUAGUGGUCAUAACGGUGCAGUUAUCUGUUUGCAAAGCAGUAAUGGAAUGCUAGUGUCAGGUUCAGCGGAUCUUUCGAUCAAGUGCUGGGAUAAUCGAAGUGGAAUUUGUACAAUGACGCUGCAUAAUUCUCAUAGUAACGUUAUAACAUGUGUACGAUUUGAUAACGAGCGAAUUAUUUCAGGCAGUGUUGAUCAGACAAUAAAGAUGUGGGAUUUGAGAACUGGCCGCUGCCUUCAAACAUUGGAUUGGAAAUUGAGAGAAGGGCAUACGGGAGUCGUACGUAAUUUACAAGUUGAUGCUUGGAGAAUAGUGUCAGCCGCCGACGAUCGGACUGUAAAGGUUUGGGAUAUCCAUUCCGGUGAACGUCUUUGUACUUUAUAUAAUCAUACAGAUGGAGUCACUUGUCUUCAGUUUAAUGAUUAUCAGAUUGUUUCCGGUUCUUAUGAUAAAACUGUGAAAUUAUGGGAUUUUCGUGUUUGUUAA